AUGCCAAAAGACAAUAAUUUAAUGCCUAUUGAGGUAAAUAAAAAGCCAUUUGAGGAGGUAAGUGAACUAAAAAGCGAAGAAGAAAAUCAAGUUCAACAAUUACAAAAUAAAAUAUUAGAAUUAGAAAGAAAGUUGGAAACGGAAAUUACUGAGAAAGAAAAUUUGAAAGAAGAAUUUUUAGAGGCAUUGGAAAAAUUAGAAGAAAGUAUAACUAGUUGUUAUGCUUGUGUUGGGUUAUCUAAAAAAGCCAAAGACGAACUCGCAGAUAUAGACAAGCCAAGGUUUGUAGUGUCAGUUGCUAAAAAUGUGGCUAAUACUGUGGCUUUUGGUAGUGGCUCAUUUACUGUUGCCGGAGUUAAAAAAGUUGUAAAAUG